AUGAUGGGCUGGUAUAGUGGGUCCUGCUCCAGUAUGGCAUCUUCUCGCAAGCGGGCCUUCGGUGAUAGCGAAGACAAGGUAAACUUGGAUCUUACUCGUUCUGUUUCCCAUACUGAUAAAGAGCAUAUCAAGGCACUUCCGGAUCCCACUACAGAUUUUUCGGUGGAAACAUGCCCAGUUGGGAUAUCGGAUACUUUAGAUGCCAACCCUCGCCCUUCAGCCCUCGCCCCGCCACCCGGACUUGUCCAUUCUAAGGCUCUCAUAAAAUCUCAGAUUCCUCCGCGUCCCAAGCCUCCAGUACCGUCGGACUAUUUUGUCUAUCCCAAACGCAGCUGGCGCUCAAUGUCAAAGGUGCAUAUCCGAAUACAUAUAUUGGAUCGGUAUGGUGCAAGGCAACGCUACAUUACUGCUUACCAGGAGUGGGAGGAGAAACACAACAAAUGGGUGUUUGGGAUAUACUACCUGGUGCGGACUGUCACCAAGUUUCAGCGCCAAAAUAUGGGGACAGAGGCGGGCGCCGAACCUAUAGUGGAGAUGACUCGAGCUGUGCAGGAGGAUGUUGGAGAGAGAACGACUACGGCAACUGACGUGCUUGGAGAUUUGGACGUGGACAUGCAGACCGCUUUGACUGUUCUUCAGGAGAUGCCGAAGUCGACGAACUUGAUCGUGUCAAACGGUGGUGGAUUCAAACUACACAGCAAAAUCGCCCAAAUAAGAGCAAGAAUGAAUGUAGCUCAGUGCAGAUUUUGGCGCGGCUGGACCGUCAAGGCAAAGGAACAUUUGGAUCCGGAGGCCCGGGUUCUCGGGGACGCCAUGGUACACCAGACUUUGCUCUCUGGCCAAGGAGAAUGCUCUAUGAGCAACAGUGAGGAAGAAGACGAUGACGUGGAGGAAACAGGGCUUUCCCCGUCUUGGCGCAUAUAUUCUGAUCAAUGCGAGUGUGGAUAUGCAGGGUGUCAUUGUCGAACCUGGACGAAAUGGUGGGACAAGACCCUUCAGAUGCUCAAGCAUGUCAUGUUGGGAAAUGUGCUUGGGGGCCCUCCUGUCCGGUGUGUUAGAUUGAGUAUUGGGGGUCGGCAUGAGCUUGUUGAACAAGAUCCUCCGGUUCGAUCGCUUCAUCAAAUCAAGAGCUCGAGGGUGAAGAAAUUGGCAUGGAGCUAUAAGGAGUUUGAAAAUCUUAAAGCCAACCCUCCCCGUUAUUACUUGACACGAGUUACAGGACCCACGCUCGAAACCCAAGACAAUGAAAAAAUAAUCACUCUGGGCAUGCAGCGAGAAACCCGGGGCCUUUUGCAAAUGAACUCGGAAGACUACACCAGCCAAUGCCCGAACGCACUGGCUGAAUAUCCCCCAGCAUGUACUGAGACUAUGUGCCAGAAAACAGAGCGGUACCUGCCCCAGUCAGUACUGCCAAGUGCCCAGUGGCCAUCCCGGAAUCGCGCAUUACAAUUAGUUGCUUACAUUCAAUAUACGUAUCGGCUUCCGUCUGAAAUAUUCUCCUUGGCGAUCAAUUUACUCGACCGCUACACCACCCGCUGCGAACAGGUAGCGCAAUUGAAUGGCCCCCAUUGGGAUCUACUUGGCUUUACUUGCCUCUGGUUGGCUUGGAAAUACGAAAACUACACCUCGGUCCCUCCGCUUGAUGAUAUUAUCACAUACUGCCCACUUCAACGAUUGGUCCGGUCCGAUGUUAUACAUUCCGAAUGGGCGAUUCGCAACACGAUUGGCAUUGACCUAUCUUACACCAGCCCUCUACCCAUGAUGCGCCUUAGUUUAACAGCGCGCGAAUGUACAAAAGAAACAAGAUACAUAGCGAAAUUCCUUGCAGAAAGCUCAGCUUUGAUGCCCCAACUUAUGCGUUGCCCACCGUUCGCGAUUGGGCUUACUGUGGCUUGGUUGGCUUGCUUGCUGAGCGAUGUGCCCCUCGCCGAUCAUAUCUCCCAGAACGCUCACGAUGGAGGCGUCGAAAUCUACAAUAUCGCUAUGCGUGUGACCACGGGCAUCUUGAAUAUGCCCCAAUCCAUCGAGAGGCCUCGUGAACAAGCUCUAUUUUACAAGUGGACGUUACCUAUCGUAAACAACGUUGCUGGGUGGUGUCGUUCUGUUUUCGCUUCUGUGUGGCCUGAUUGGGCGAACGAUAAUGACACCUUGCCCUACCCGCAAGAACGCAUACCUGAGCUUAGAGCCAUGGGUCGAUCUAGGCCAUUCAAACUUGUCCCUGGCCCAUCUCCCGGACACGCACUUUUCGAAGAAUAA